AGUAUCUUAUCGUUAUCGCAUCUCUACCUACCCUAUGCAGAUAGAAUUGCAUCUUCAAUGUUCAAGACUUGAAGUGAUCAUCUAUUUAGAGAAUAGACACGCGGUAUACAUAAUUACCAUGAUUUGGCAAUAAUAACUCCCCCCCAUCCUUAAUUCUUCAUACCCCUCCUCAAAAAGUGCCUCCCUUCCUUCCAAUCCUUCACAAUGGCACCCACAACCUCUACCUCAAAGAGCGCCAUCAACGCCAACCCAGCACCCGACUUCUCCGUCCAAAUGAACCGCAUCCAAAUGCGUCUCGACAAAGGCUCCCGCGCCCCCUUCCUCUCGCGAUCCGGCCUCCACAGCGCAAACGCUAGCCCCGGCCCCGGCCCCCGCAACAACAAGUCCUUCUCCUCCCUGAACACCGCUGGCGCCACCCAAGCUCCCACCACCACAACCACCACACCAUCGCGAUCCCGCAACCCCAUAGAAGAAGAAGAAGCAGGCCUAGACCUGCACGUCGGGAUCGGCAUAGUCCGCGCCUCCAAGUCUUCUUCCGCGGCGGAGGCCAGCGGAAAACAGGACCGGGAUACGGCGCGGUUGCGCGGGCGUCUACUCGGGAAGCGGGGACGAGGAGGCGCCGCUGACGGUGCCGGACAGAAGUGGGUGCGGAGGGAGGACAGCAGCGACGAGGAGGCGGGGCGGGGCGGGCUCGGAAGGGCCAAGAGGAACGGGAACGGGAACGGGAAGCGGUUGCGUGUGGAAGCGGAGGUGGUAGCGGAGGCGGAGACGAGCAAGGAGGCGCCAUUGGAACGCGCCGAGGAUGUUACUAUACCGGACACACCAAUCGAGUCGGGAGAUACUGCGGAUCAGGCCGAACAUAGCCCAAACCUUCAAGACGAUGAGGCAGAUAAUCCGGCUGCCAUACCUACGGAGACAAGCGAGCCCCUUGCUGAAGGAGACACGAAGAAAAAGCGUCGAAAGAAGAAACAGAAAAAGAAGAACAAAAAACAAGCAGAUGAGAAAUGAGAUACCAAAACUGAGACACUUUUGUGGAAUGAUAGGUACAUACAGUACGUUCUACAACGGAAGUUUCUGGGCGUCUUACAAGUCCAUAUUGGGCAUAAUCAUCAUCACAUCAAAAACCAAAAAAAAAAAAAAUUAAAAAAAAAUAAAGCCUGAGCCGAGUGCACAGGAAAUUAAGCUUGUUCAGGAGCUAUCGUGGUAUUUGAUCUGGUUGUGCAAAGAAGCCCUUGUCCUCAGAAUUAUUACUUCUUAAGAGUACAUGAUUAGUGACUCCACGGGCGCAAUUUGAUGCGCGCGAGGCGUUGGGUUGAAUUACCCCCUUCGACGCUUUGCAAUAGUCCCCCUUCCGAACCGGUGGAUAAAAGCCGUUUCCAUAUUGUACACUCUUGUGGAUGGAUUAAAUAA